CACAAACCCACCAUGGAUAUGCACACACACAACUACAAACAUAUAUAAUGACAGACAAAUCAUCAUUUGCAACUGUGAACUGUUUUCAUCACUUCGUGACUCAUCAGAUUUCUCUUCACCUGCAUGCAAGUUUCAUGCCUUUCUUGCUCUCUCUACAACUUUUUCUCUGUCGUUUCGGAACGAUGCUUUGCAAUGCCGGCUCCAAGAGCUAAAAUCCUUUGGUGGGUUUUAUGAUUUUUGACUCUCAUAAAAGCUUUGUAGUGUCCGACACGUAAAGAUGGUUGGAAGUAUUGAAGUGGUGAGUCAUAUUUCGUACGUGAAUGGAGUUGUACAGAACCAUAAUGGUUUGGAAGAGAAGCUCGAUGAGCUUCGCAGAAUUCUUAGAAAGGCUGAUGGUGACUUGUUGCGAAUUGUUGGUGUUGGAGCUGGUGCAUGGGGCAGCGUUUUUGCUGCUUUGCUUCAAGAUAGCUAUGGUCAAUUUAGAGAUAAGAUUCAAAUCAGGAUAUGGAGACGGCCUGGAAGAGCUGUUGAUAGAGCCACAGCUGAACAUCUAUUUGAAGUGAUCAAUUCGAGGGAGGAUGUAUUGAGGAGGUUGAUUAGGCGCUGUGCAUAUCUCAAGUAUGUUGGGGCAAGAUUGGGUGAUCGGACACUUUAUGCAGAUGAGAUUUUGAAAGAUGGGUUUUGCUUGAACAUGAUCAAUACUCCACUUUGUCCUUUGAAAGUUGUGACAAACUUGCAGGAGGCGGUUUGGGAUGCUGAUAUUGUGGUGAAUGGCUUGCCUUCGACUGAAACUCAUGAGGUGUUUGCGGAGAUCAGUAAAUAUUGGAAGGAAAGAAUCACAGUGCCCAUUAUUAUCUCUUUGGCGAAAGGUAUAGAGGCUGAACUGGAACCUGCUCCUCAUAUAAUUACGCCUACACAAAUGAUCAAUCGAGCAACUGGAGUACCAAUAGAGAACAUCCUUUAUCUUGGUGGACCAAAUAUUGCCUCAGAGAUUUACAACAAAGAAUAUGCUAAUGCUCGAAUUUGUGGAGCUGAAAAGUGGAGGAUACCACUUGCUAAGUUUCUAAGGCAGCCCCAUUUCAUCGUAUGGGACAAUAGUGACCUUGUUACUCAUGAAGUUAUGGGAGGCCUGAAGAAUGUCUAUGCAAUUGGUGCUGGAAUGGUAGCAGCUCUAACCAAUGAAAGUGCUACCAGCAAAUCUGUAUAUUUUGCACACUGUACAUCUGAGAUGAUAUUUAUCACUCAUUUGUUGACGGAAGAACCUGAGAAGCUUGCUGGACCACUGCUGGCUGAUACUUAUGUCACCCUGUUGAAAGGUAGAAAUGCCUGGUAUGGACAAAUGAUAGCCAAGGGGGAGCUGAGCCUGGAUAUGGGUGACAACAUCAGUGGCAAAGGGAUGAUUCAGGGAGUCUCUGCUGUGGGAGCAUUUUAUGAACUUCUUAGCCAGUCGAGUUUAAGUAUAUUGCAUCCGGAAGAAAGCAAGCCUGUUGCUCCAGCCGAGCUCUGCCCCAUCUUAAAGACAUUAUACAAGAUAUUGAUAGCGAGGGAACAACAGUCACGAGCCAUUCUCCUGGCAUUGAGGGAUGAAAACCUGAAUGACCCCCGUGAUCGAAUCGAGAUUGCACAAAGCCAUGCUUUCUACAGGCCUUCACUUCUUGGGCAGCCUUGACUGACUCACUCACAUUGCAAAAAAAUUGAGUAAAGGAGUCAGCAGGUGUGCAGAUUCUUGGGAAGGAAAUGCUUAGUGAACCAAAAAGACAAAAGAAAAACGAAAAAAAAAAUGCUGUCUUACUAUUGAGAGAAAAUAUACUGUCUGUAACAUGGAUUGAGUGUUGUCUCAAUUGAUGUAAAUUGAGUCAUUCAGUGUCAUGUUAGCAUUCAUUUACCAUAUUUAUUUACCAAAUUCGUUUACCAAAUUCAUUUAUCAAAUACUCACUCAGAC